AUCUUCCAGCCACUACCUUUGUAAUUUCAGCCGACAGAAGAAUAAGCUCUUAUCGUAACAAAUAACUGGCAGAGACUGAUCCACGUCUCAUCUUCUGCACUGCUGCUCACUCUCUCCCGCUGCUCUUUGAGUUCCCAAACUCAACAACCAAAGGGCAAGGGAGCCAAGUAGAGAGAAGAAAGAUGUCUAAGUCGAACAAUCCAAUCCGUUUCGGAAUUAUAGGAUGUGCAGUGAUAGCAAGGAAGGUCUCUAGAGCCAUAAAUCUAGCUCCCAAUGCAACCCUCUACGCUAUUGGCAGCCGUUCUAUUGAAAAGGCGAAGAAAUUUGCAGCCGAUAAUGGCUUCUGUGAAACUGUCAAGAUGUAUGGGAGCUACAACGAAGUUCUUGAUGACCCAUGUGUGGAUGCUGUGUAUGUGCCACUCCCCACAAGUCUGCAUGUGCAAUGGGCAGUCAUGGCUGCUGAGAAGAAGAAGCAUGUGCUUCUGGAGAAGCCCACGGCACUCAAUCUGGCCGACUUGGAGCAUAUAUUGAAGGCCUGUGAUUCGAAUGGUGUGCAGUUCAUGGAUGGUACAAUGUGGCUGCAUCACCCCAGGACUGCCAAGAUGAGGGAGAUGCUAUCGGAUGCUCAGCUCUUUGGACAGCUCAAAUCGAUGUAUAGCUCAUCUACAUUCUCUGAAACACUAGAGUUCUUUGAGAACAACAUAAGAGUAAAGCCAGACUUGGACGCCCUCGGUGCACUAGGAGACACAGGUUGGUACUGCAUUGGAGCCAUCUUGUGGGCAGCCAACUACAAACUGCCCAAUACAGUAAUGGCUCUGCCAGCUGCAAAUCUAAAUGCUGCUGGAGUCAUCUUGGCCUGUGGCUGUUCCUUCCACUGGGCAGGAGAAGAUAGCAAGGUUGCAACUUUCCACUGUUCUUUCCUCUCUCAUGAGUCCAUGGAUCUCGCACUGUAUGGUUCUAAUGGAUCCCUCCAUUUGAAAGACUUCAUCAUCCCUUACCAGGAGAGCUCUGCAUCAUUUGACUUUGUUUCUGGUGCAAAGUUUAAGGAGCUCCACAUUGGGUGGAAUUUGAAGCCAACCAAGGUUCAGGUGUUUCUGGAACUUCCUCAAGAAACCUUAAUGGUCCAGGAGUUUGCAAGACUGGUAAAUAUUAUUAAAAACUCUGCAGGUCACCCAGAUAGUAAAUGGCCUGAGAUUAGCAGAAAGACUCAACUUGUCAUGGAUGCUGUCAAGAAAUCCAUUGAGCUUGGUUUUAAGCCCAUCGAUCUGUGACCAUUGGCAUCAUGGAAUAAUACUUUGUACUGGAACUACAGCAUUCUAAUAAUUAAAAGAAAGGAUGAUAAAAUGCACGAGUCCCAGAUACUCCAUAUAUGUAGGGUGUAUAUGCGUCAUAAUUGAACUGUUUUGCUUUCUUUUCUUGUAUCAAAACUACACUUCAGCUUUGGCUGUAUGAGACUGAGCUGUUAAGUCAGAAAUAUAUGAAGUUAUAAACUCACAUAUCUAUA